GUGGUGAAAGAGGCAAGGUAGUGUGCCCAAGGCCUCAAGUGGCGUGCAGAGCGUAUGCCGCCUGCUGCUGCCGUUGGCUCCUGCACCUUAGGAGGUAGAAAGAAAGAAAGAUCUGAUGUACCAAAGCUACGACAAUAACAUUGCAGUGACUGUGGGUUAUCAACGAGAGAUCAAAUUCUGUUCACUCAAACCGUUAGUCGUCUGACAUUUCUUCCUUCUUCGGAACGUUUGGGCUCCUGAUUGUUCGAGUAAGGAAACGAAAGGGGCGAAGAGAAGGGGAGCAAUCCCUUCUGCAGUGGCAAUAGAAUUUGCAAUAAUGUGACGACGUGGGACGUGCAGGCGUAAGCAGUGUUUGAGAGUAGGUUUCAUGCGUGAUGGAGCUUGGUGAUAGAACAGUGGGAUUUUUGCUGCUCAUCUUCAGCUUGAGCCUCUUCAGCUACUACACCUUUUGGGUCGUCAUCACGCCCUUUGUUGACAGUGAGCACUUCAUUCACCUGUACUUUCCCGCCAGGGAAUUCGCCAUCAUCAUUCCUGUUUUGGCUGGUGUGCUUCUUCUAUCCUUCGUGGCAAUCUUCAUCGGUGUUGUCAUUUUACGUUCGAGGAAGCCAAAGUCAAAAUCAGGAUAAACCGGCUAUUACAGAAGUUCUCCAAACUCUUCAAGCGUUUCAUGAUUGACAUUGUCUUAGAAUCUACAUGUCAGCGUUUUCUUUGCGGCAUUUCGUACAAGCCUGCCCUCUUCAAAGUGGAUUUGGUUCCAGGCAACGCCUAAGGUGUCUGAACAGAAGUAGUGAUGAUGAUGGAGGGUUCGAGAGACGAGGUGUCCGAAGGCGUCAAUAGCAAGGGACACAAUGCGUGGAAUAGCUCAGUGUCAAACGAACUGGGGUUAAGAGGCACUCAAAAGUAUGAGUUGCUGAAUUCAGCAGGCACGAGCAACCAGGGGACCCGUAAAAAAUUGAACAAGUAUGCCGUAUGGUGUGCUCUUUUGGCAUCUCUUAACUCCAUACUCUUGGGAUAUGACACUGGGAUCAUGAGCGGGGCUGUACUUUACAUCAAGGAAGACCUUGAGCUCGAACAAUGGCAGGUGGAACUGCUGGUGGGAUCGCUGAGCAUUAUUUCUCUCUUAGGUGCAAGUGCCUCUGGGAGAGUGGCAGAUGCUGUGGGCAGAAGAUGGACGAUGUCAGUAGCCGCUGCUUUCUUUUUAGUAGGUUCCCUGGCUAUGGGAAUUGCACCAUCUUUUGGAGUCCUAAUGGGGGGUCGGUUACUGGCGGGUAUCGGAGUAGGUUUUGCUCUGAUGGUAGCUCCAGUUUAUACAGCAGAAGUUUCUCCUGCCAGCAGUCGGGGUUCGCUAGUAUCACUUCCCGAAAUAUUUAUCAACAUUGGUAUAUUAUUAGGAUACGUUUUCAGUUACAUGCUCGCUGGGCUACCUGAAAACAUAAACUGGAGAAUCAUGCUAGGUCUUGGUGCUUUUCCAUCUCUUUUGAUGAUUGGAGGUGCUCUUAUGAUGCCAGAAUCUCCUCGCUGGCUCGUCAUGCAAAACCGCAUCCAAGAAGCAGAAGUUGUGCUCCUGAGGACCUCCGAUGACAAAGACGAGGCAGACUUGAGGCUUGCCGAGAUCAUGGCAGCGACUGGAAUUAUGCAUUCCACUGAGGAGCAAACAAGUAGAUCUACUUGGCCUGGUCAAGGCAUUAGUGUGCAUUUAGGUGGGAAUCAAGCUGCUCACACUCACGGGGAAGGCGUAUGGCGUGAACUUCUGUAUCCAACUCCUGCCGUUCGGCGCAUGCUUAUUGUAGCAUUAGGAGUCCAAUUUUUCCAGCAGUCAACGGGUAUCGACGCCACAGUGUAUUAUAGUCCAUCAGUGUUCAAUGGAGCGGGAAUAUCCAGUAAGUCGGCAAGCAUCGGGGCAACCAUAUCCGUGGGCUUUUCUAAAACUCUGUUCAUUCUGGUUGCAACAAUCUGGCUUGACAAGGCAGGUCGGCGACCAUUGUUACUCACUAGCAUUAUAGGCAUGACAGUCUCCUUAGCAGUUCUAGCUAUAGGGUUUCAGGCAAUCGGUAUUAAAGACGCAACAGACGAUGUGCUUCCUAAUGGGGUCGCUGGAGCUCCUCUGAGUGCACCGCAAGGGUCUGGGUUUGCACCUAUUCUAGCUAUACUGGCAAUAUGUUCCUAUGUGGCCUUCUUUUCCGUCGGCAUGGGUCCCAUUAACUGGGUUCUCACAUCUGAGAUAUUUCCCCAAAGACUCCGUGCGCAAGCCAUGGGUUUGGGGAUUGUUGUCAACAGGAUUGCGAGUGGGGCGGUGGCACUGAGUUUUCUGAGCCUUGUGGAUGCGAUUACUCUGGCCGGAACAUUUUUCCUCUUUGCGGGCAUGGGUUUUCUGGGCUCUGUCUUCAUAUAUGUCUUUGUGCCUGAGACGAAAGGAAAAACUUUAGAAGGUAUUGCGAAGCUUUUUGAUAGGGAGGAGGUUCAGCCAACUCCGUUCCUUGAGUUGGGUGUAAUGGAUAGUAAGGAUAACAAAGAGGUAGUAGAUUCUAGGGCAGUGUUUACUCGAGUCAAUGCUGAUGAAGGAGACGAAGUGAUUCUGGUGGCACAUGAUUCUUUAGAUACGUCAAAUACAGAUGAAGAGAUAGCUCGUAAACAGCUUGUUGCUAAGGUGAAGUCCAUAGCCAAACAGGGCAAUGGCUUUCAAAAGCUUCGUCCUGCUGAAAGGUGAGAUUGUCCUGGAUAUCUGAACAAUUCAUCUCACUGGAGAACAAAGAAAUACUUGCAGACCUUCCUUGGUCUGCCAAUUACUUUUCGCACCCAGGGGCUUCCCCUUUAAGGCGGGAGGCAGGGUUAGUAUCACGUGCAAGAGUAGAGCUGAAGUCGGAGGAUGUAUCUUGGGUAGUAUCAAGUUGAUCACAUAUAAAACGUCUAUCUUUUGAAUUUUCAGGUGUG